AUGGCGAUCGCGCAGGCGCAGUGCGUGAAGACCCCCAUGAAGGAAGCCCCGCCCCGCCCUCACUCCGCGGGGGGAGGCCCCGCCCCUCGCCCCUCCCCCCCUCCCUCCCCCACCGCCGCUUUCCCGCGCUCCCGCUGGGAGGGGGCGGGGCCCGGGCAGGCCGCGGGGGCGGGGCCGGUCCCUCAGGGCCGUUUCCGGUUCCGGUGCCGCAGGGCCGCCCCCCGGCGCCGUUUCCGGGCGCUGCGGCUGCUGCGGCUGCUCCUGGCGAGGGGCGGGCUCUGGGCGGGGCCUAAGCGCGGGGGGCGGGGCCUGAGGAAAGCCCCGCCCACGCCCCCGCGGGAGCAGCAGCGGCCGGAAAUGGGGGCGGGGUCGCCGCCCCUCCCCCCGCUGCCCCCCGCGGUGCUGCCCCUCCCCCACCCCGACAGCGCGGGGGGAGGGGACGCGGAAGCCUGCGCCCCUCCCCCCGCCCAGGGCCCCAUCCUGAUCAGCAACGUCACCGGAGGGGGCGGGGCCGAGCCGGGGACACGCCCACUCCUGGCCGGGCAAGGCCACGCCCCUUCUGCCUCAUCGGCCACGCCCCCUCCGGCGAGAGCUCCGCCCCCUCAACAGCCCAGCCCCCCCCUGAGGGAGGAGCACGUGACCUGCGUGCAGAGCAUCCUGGACGAGUUCCUGCAGGCGUACGGGAGCCUGAUCCCGGUCAGCGCCGACGAGGUGGUGGAGAAGCUCGAGGACAUUUUCCAGCAGGAGUUCAGCACCCCCCAGAGGAGGGGCUCGGUGCAGCAGCUGCUGCAGUCGUACCAGCGGCUCCCCGGGAACGCGCUGCUCCGCGGGUUCCGCGUCAGCUACAAGCGCCACGUGCUCACCAUGGACGACCUGCAGACGCUCUACGCCAACUGGCUCAACGACCAGGUCAUGAACAUGUACGGGGACCUCGUCAUGGACGCCGUGCCCGACAAGGUGCAUUUCUUCAACUCCUUUUUCUACGACAAACUGCGCACGCGCGGCUACGAGGGCGUGCAGCGCUGGACCAAGAACGUGGACAUUUUCGGCAAGGAGCUGCUGCUGAUCCCCAUCCACCUGGAGGUGCACUGGUCGCUGGUGGCCGUGGACGUGGCGCGCAGGACCAUCACCUACUUCGACUCGCAGCGCACGCUCAACCGCCGCUGCCCCAAGCACAUCUGCCGCUACCUGCAGGCCGAGGCCGACAAGAAGGAGCGGCCGGACUUCAGGGAGGGCUGGAGGGGAGCCUUCAAAAUGAACGUCGCCCGGCAGAACAACGACAGCGACUGCGGCGCCUUCGUGCUGCAGUACUGCAAGUUCCUGGCGCUGGGGCGCCCGUUCAGCUUCACGCAGCAGGACAUGCCGCACCUGCGCCGCCUCAUGUAAGAGCUCUGCCACUGCCAGCUCGCCCUCUGAAACCCCAAAAAACCCGAAUUUGGGACACCCCGGAGCCUCAGAAAUGGGAAAAGUUAAAAAAAUCCCGAAGAAAAUCCGAAAAUCCUGCGAUAA